UUACAGGUUUCUAGUUGAUCUAACAGUAUAGAUGUAAACCGACAACUGUCACAGAGAAAGUAUCCAAAGCGGCUGAUUGAAGGAAAGAUGCGUUGGUUUGAGGGCUCCAUCCCGGCAGCCAUUGCCACCUCCAAGCAGCACAGCUCUGUUUUUGUCGUCGUCAUUGCAGGAGACGAUGAGCAGUCCACACAGAUGCUAUCCAGCUGGGAGGACGAGCGGGUAGCUGAGCUCACCAACAACUGCUUCAUUGCCAUUAAAGUGGACGCGAAAAGUGAGACGUGUGUCCAAUUUUCACAGAUCUAUCCCGUGGUGUGCAUUCCAUCCAGCUUCUUCAUAGGUGACAAUGGAAUUCCCCUGGAGAUCAUCGCUGGUGGCGUCUCUGCAGAGGAACUGAUUAACAGGAAAAGGAAAGUCAAGCAGGAAGUGCCAAGUCUGACACGACUGAAGUCCUUCAUUAACAGCCUGCAGUGUUCUGCUCUGAUUCAGGCCCAACACACAGAGCGUCAGAUUAAGGAGGAGUUUGAGAAGCUUCACCAGUUUCUACGAGAUGAAGAGGCAGUCAGGAUCACUGCACUGAGAGAGGAAGAGGAGCAGAAGAGUCAGAUGAUGAAGGAGAAGAUUGAGAAGCUGAGCAAAGAUAUAUUAUCUCUUUCAGGCAAAAUCAAAGCCAUAAAAGUGAAGAUGAGAGCUGAAGACGUUUCAUUGCUACAAAACUACAAGGCCACAGCGAAAAGAGCCCAGAGCACACUGCAGCAUCCAGAGGAGCUUUCAGGAGCACUGAUCCAUGUGGCAAAACAUCUGGCCAACCUGCAGUUCAGAGUCUGGGAGAAGAUGCAGUACACCGUCCAAUACACACCUGUAACUCUGGACCCCAACACUGCUCAUCCUGGACUCAUUGUAUCUGAUGAUCUGAAAAGUGUGAGACCCAGCAAUGAGGAACAGAAACUUCCUGAUAAUCCAGAGAGAUUUGAUAAAUAUCUGUAUAUCCUGGGAUCUGAGGGCUUUAACUCAGGGACACACUGCUGGGAUGUGGAAGUUGGAGACGGUACACGGUGGAGUGUGGGUGUGAUGACAGAAUCUGCUCAGAGGAAGGGGGGGAUAUUCUCCAGAAGUGGAAUCUGGUGUGUGUGGUAUUAUGGUGGUAAAUAUCGUGCAGGUUCUACACCACAUCCAGUCACUCAGCUCUCAGUAGCACAGAAACCCCAGAGGAUCAGAGUGAAGCUGGACUGGGACAGAGGAAAACUGUCAUUCUCCGACCCUCUCACUAACACACACUUACACACUGUCACACACAAAUUUACUGAUAAAUUACUGCCAUUCCUAUGUGUUUAUCAUAAAGAAUCUCCUCUAAAGAUCCUCCCACUUGAGUGCUCUGUAAGAGUGAAUCAGAUCAGUUAGCACUGAUGUUGUUUUAUUCCAGUUCAUUAAUAAAAUACUGCAGAUUAAAAGAUUACUGUUCUUUGUGUUAAUCUUUUUUCCCCCUUUUGGAAACCCUGAAGCACACACUGAUUUUUUUUCAAGUGAGUCAACUCAAAAUAUUGACAGAAUAUCUUGAAAUAAUGAAUUAACUCAAAUAAUAAGAUAUCUUAAAAUAUAUUAUUAUGAUAGCUUUUGAAAGUA